CAGGUUCCUGGCUCAGGUGGGGGCGCGUCAGUGCCAGCCAGGAAGUCACUGGCUGGAGCCAGGGAACGGAAAUGGGGCUGGGGACUGGGACUCAGGCUUCCAGGGAAGGAGGGCAGAGUACAGCUCAGCUCAUAAACAGCUGAUACAGUCAGCGCGGUGAGAGGGCAAGGGUUAGGACCCGGGGCGCUAGGAGCUCAGUGCUUGGUGCUCGGUGCUCAGAGGAAGCCCACCUGGCCCCAUGGCCUUCCUGGUGGCUGGGACCCUGCGGGUGGCUGCGCAGAUGGCAGAUGCUCGAGACAGCCUGGGGAGAAAGGGAAAGUACAGCGUACAGGGUCCAAGGGUGGCCCUGACACUCAGCAGCCCUGGGGUGUCUGCUGCUGCAGUUGCUGCCCUGGAGGGCGUGUUCCGGGUCCUGGGCUUUGACCACUGCGAGAGGAGGGAGGCUUCAGUCCAGGGCUUCCUUGAGGAGCUGGUUGGGUUCCGGGAGUGGCUGGAUGCCCAUGGGGGCCCUGUGGGCUGUGCCCUAGUGGCCUUGGUGGCCCCCAGCGGGCAGCUGAGGCAGCCACAGCAGCUGGUGCGGGAGCUGAGCCGCUGUGAGGCCCUGCGGGGCUGCCCCAAAGUCUUCCUGCUGCUCUCCAGUGGCCCUGGGGCCACCCUGGAGCCCGGAGCCUUCCUGGCUGGCUUGAAAGAGCUCUGCAGCCGCUUUCCUCACUGGUCUCUGGUGCAGCUGCUGACGGAGGUGGAGGCUCCGGACGGGGAGUCCCAGGGAGGAGGGCUGGCCCUGUUGUCCCCUGGCUCCUCUGUGCUCUCCUGCUUGAGCCAGUUAGAGUCAUUCACAUUCCCCCUCCCAUUCCUUCUACAAACCUUUAUUGUCUGCACCUGUGGUGUCAGCCUUAGGGCCUCAGCCCCACCCCCGUCUCAGAACCACGCCCCGCCCCCCCCAGACGCCCCAGACUGCCGCCCAACUCCGUGCCUUUGCCCAGGUGGUUCCCUCUGCUUGGCAGGCCCUCCGUGUUGUCCUGCCAGCUUUACACAGUCCCUUCCAGGAUGUCAGCAAUGCCUUUCCUUGCACCUGUACUUCGGGCCACCCCUUUUCACAAUCAUGCACAGUGACCAUCUGUCCCGUUAGACUGCAGGACACU